AUGCGAAGCGGGUCCCAGGGGUCCGCACCUCCAGGCCUAGGGAGCCACACGAGCAGCUGUGAGGUCAUCCCGCCCCCUGCCGAUGACACCCAGGGGGACUUGGCCUUCUCCGCAGGCUUGGGGCCCAAUUUUAGGCGGCUGAGGGAACCGUUGCAGCCCAGAGACCCAAAUCCCGUGGGCGUCGGCCUCUCCUUCCCGCACGCACGCCCCGCAAGCCGGGAAAGCCUUUGCACGCCCCGGGGGAACCGGGAGGACAAAGAACGCCAGAGGGGUGGUGAACUGGGGGAGACAGAAGCCGACCGACUCGUCUCCCUUCCGGGGGGGACGGCGGGAAGGGGCGUCCGGGAGAGAGAAGGGCCGCGGACUGGGCUCCCCGGGGUUGGCCGCCCGCCCAGGCGCGAGCCGGAGCCGCCGCACUCACCUGCCCGAGCCGCCGCCGCCGCGUCCCCACAGCCGCGCACUCGGCGCCCCGCGCCGGCCCACGGUUUUGAGCCCCGCGGGGCGGGCUGGGGGCGGGAGCUCGGUGGGAGGGGGCGGGCCGGAGGGACCUUUGCGCAGCGGCCCCCCAGCCCGACCGGACCCGGGUGCUGGGCCCAGCACAGCCGAGGCGGGGCGGGUGCGGCCGAGGCGGGGCGAGGUCGGCGGGCGGCGUCCCGAGGCCCGCCGAAGGUCCGGAGCCGGCGGGUCCCCUCUCUUUCGGUGACUCCGCCCACGCGGGUCGCUGACACCCCGGGGCUGGGCUUUGGCCAAAGUCCCCGCACGCUUUUCGGGAUCCGAGGCCUGGGGCGCACCGGGGACAUGCCGGGGCCUCACCAGAGGAGUGGGCUCGGCCUCCCUCCCCGAGGCCUCCUCUCCCGCCCUCAGUACCGUGGGGUUUGA